ACCGUCCCCUCUCUGUGCGCCUGCGCAGAACUCCCUGGCCCACUCAGCCCGGAUUUGUGAAGCCGAGGAGGGCUCCUCUUCUCCGCUUGGCUGGCUUCGAGGCCCCGCUUCCUCCGCCACUCUUUCCCCCGGCGCCAGGAUGGCGGACGAAGAGCUGGAAGCCCUGCGCAAGCAAAGGAUGGCCGAGCUGCAGGCCAAGCACGGGGAUCCUUCUGGUGAGAUCGCACAACAAGAAUCAAAACAGAGGGAGGCAGAAAUGAGAAAUACUAUUUUAGCUCAAGUUUUGGAUCAAGCAGCUCGUGCCAGAUUAAGUAAUUUAGCUCUCGUAAAGCCAGAAAAGGCCAAAGCAGUUGAAAACUAUCUUAUACAGAUGGCGAGAUUUGGGCAGUUAGGUGGGAAGGUUUCAGAACAAGGGCUGAUAGAAAUACUUGAAAAAGUGAGUCAGCAAACUGAGAAGAAAACAACAGUAAAGUUCAACAGAAGAAAAGUAUUGGAUUCGGAUGAGGAAGACUAAUACAUGAAAUACAAAAAAAUGGACAUCCACCACAAAUCAUCUGGAACAUGUCAAGGGAAGUGCGCCGUACCUGACAUAGUUGCAGAUGAAAGAUUUACGCAAGUUUUUUCUGUACACAUUUUUUAUAUAAAGGGAAAAGAAAUGAUCUCAUGUUGUGGCUAAUGAAAUUAAGUGGAAUGUUUUUUCUUAGGUAAUUUUUGUAUAAUGGGCCGAGAGGCAAAGCUUGGUUUGUUCUUCUCUCAGGCUUCAGCUCUCCUUCGAGGCUGCCUGGGAGAGUCCGCUGUGCUGUUAGCGCCUGUUGGCGGCACAGUCGUCCUCCGUCAGGGAGUAAAAACAAUUGCACUGCCGGCAGCCACAGGUUUUUGUAAUCUUUGCGGACGUAUCUGUGGGCUGGAGGGAGAACAUUCAUUUUGUAUUUGUAAGCUGUGGAGGAAAAAGGUGCACAGAUCAAAUCCAAUUCUACCACCAAAUAAUUAAAAAAUAUUGAAGUUAUUAGCCUCUAAUUCAAGUCCCAUUCAUUUCAAAGGGUCAGUUGUAUAUGGGGCUGAAAUUGCAUUUCGCUCACAAAAUCCACAGUCUUUUAACUACAUUUAAAGGAUUAGGUGCUUGUUUUCCCAUGCCAUUUCUUCUGCUGACCUUAACUGUGGUUAACAUGUGCCAGGAUUUGCUGUCACUUUCUUAAACGGGUUUCAAAGUGAUGGUUAAUAGCAGAGCCUGGUUAAUACGUCCCAUCCUUCAAAAGAAUCAGGCACAACAUGAGAAGCUUGCAGAUGAAUCGGCUCCAUAAAGAACACUUCUUGCAGCUUGCUGAAAUUUUUUUCAAACCAAACCUGAGAAGUUGGUUGGCAAAACAUGUUUGCAUGAUAGCGUAUCUUGCUGGGUUGUUGGUUGUAUUAGAAUUUGGAAAAGUCUUGGCUAGCUCAUCAUGGAAUUGAAUUUAUUAGAUCUGCGGAGGAAAGUUUUGUUUGUUUUUACUUUGGUGCUUUUUUCUUCCUAAAGCAGUCAGGAUGCUCCACGUAUUGGGCACAGUACUCUAAAGUCAAAAUUCUGAAAAUCUGGUCUCAGCUUUCAGUAGAUUGAAGCUUUGUGUCUAAAUCUUCCACAGUAAAAUCAAUCAAUUGCUUAUCCAUAGCUUGGUGGUGCACUGCUAAGUAUCAAUGCAACACAGUACUGUAUAAAUAAAACCCUUGUUUUCCCUCUGCCGACCUCCAUUUUUGAAGUAUACAGAAAUGGAUCAGAACGUUGCCCAAAUCCUUACCUUUGUCUUACAUGCAUGAUGCCAUUGUAACGUGUGCCUUUUGUUGGAAAACGGAAGAAAUGUUCAAUCCAUACACCGCAUCACCAUUGUAUGUAAGAUAGGAUGUACAAUUGGGAGAGGGUUGCUCCUUUUCUGGUUUGUGGACGUGAUGUAUAUUUAACAAAAGCUUUGAAACUGGGAUUAAAAUCUUUCAAGAGAAAAAAAA